CUCGUCAGAGACAACUUUUCCAUAACGACAUGGCUAGCGAUCGGAGCUUUGGUUCAGUCCGCCGCAUUCUCUUUACUCGGUCGAAUGGCCUUCCUUCCGGCUGUCUGUUUGUUGCUGUAUCGCGUGGCAGACGCAUAUGCCAUCAAGACUGGCCUCAAGCACAACCAUUACCUGGACGGUGUGAUUCCAGAGCACUACUCCGCUCAGCUCCCUAGCGAGGCGGAUGGUGGUGUAGAGUCUCCUGCAGAGUCGGAUGUCUGUGUCUUCCUCAUCGGAUCAAAAGUCAACCAGUAUGUCGAGAUUACCUUCGCUCUAGCUUAUGAUGCUGAUCACGCUUCCAGCCCCUUUGGACUUUUCGCACCAGGCUACAAGGAGAUGGGCUCACAAUUCGCAUCCAUGGUCAAAGAGAUCGAANCCUCGAUACUUACCAAUAUACCAGAGGACAGAGAAAAGCACGGUUUCCUGGGAUCAAGAAGUCUCGUUGGAGCCGAGUCGGCCACAAACAACGAAACAAUGACGAUCAUGUACUUCAAGACAUCCGAGCACAUCCAGGCAUACGCAACAGGACCAACCCAUCGCAAGUCAUUGACGUGGUGGGCCAAACACGCAGCCCAGUACCCUCACCUGGGUAUCUUCCACGAGACGUAUCAAGUCCGGGCCAAGAACUACGAGACAGUGUAUGCGCAUACCAAGCCAAUGUUGCUGGGAGCUACUCAGCACAAGGUGCAGGAGUCGUUCUCGGAGAAGGAAGGCGAGGAAGCGGUCUACAAGAACUCGCUGGUAUACGCCAAGGGUGUUCUCAAGACAAGUCUGGGUCGCAUGGGUAGAUUGCCUGGCACCUUUGACCGAAGCCUACUAGAGGUAAAGGAGGCUGGAAAAGCGGGACCUUUGNAUGGUAUGAUGGUCUUAUCCCUGAUUGUGAUCAUGAAAAAGCAGAUAUAA